AUGGAAACUCCACAGUGUGAGCAGAGGAUCACAAAGGUCUCUCUAGCUGAGAUUCUGAAGUGUUUUGGGCAGCCUAUAAGCGAGGAGCAAGCCUGGGCUAUCUGCUUUCAGUGUUGCUGUAAAAUGGAGCAGAUGGCUCAGGGGCUGAGCCCAUCACUUCAUGCUGUAUUCAUAAAAGGUUCUGGAAGCAUCUUUCUCCAUGCUGAUGGUACUGCUUCAUUCAGGGUGUACCGCAAGUCUGUUUCAGAUGUAGGCAACAGAAUUCAGCAGUCAGAGGACAAGCUGUUGGAGCACCUGGGAGUGGUGAUCUAUGAAGCCCUGGACUGGGGAAUUGACAACAACUCAGAGCGAGAACUUAGUGAUCCUUUGGAGAAACUACUAUGCCUCAUGUUGAAUCUGGAUGAAAAAGCAAUGAAACCAGCAGCCACCCUGCAGGAUGUUAUCAAGGCCUGUGAGGAGCACUUGUCCAGGCCUUCUGAGGCUAGCAGCCAUUAUGAAAUGACCUGUAGGAGCCUGUUUACUGAAUACAUGGAACUUCAGAAGCUUGUGACCGUUAUCCAGACAUCCAAAGAGCUUCUGAGAAGAAUGGAUAUGGAAGACUGGGUGAAAAAUCCCCUUCAGAAGAAAACAAAUUACAGUGCAACCCCCCAGGCCAGCAUCAUCCGUGAGCUGCAGAACGGUGUGAAGCUGCGCAAGAGCACCGAGCGACCACUGCGUUCUGCACCUCUGAGAGAAUGCAUCCGCUCUCCCUAUGAGCUGCUGCUGGAUGACAUUCAGCACAAGAGGUACACCCUUCAGAAGGUGAUUCUCAAGCCAAACCACAGGAUCCCCAAUGCUGAUCUAACCCUUCCCAAGCCUCAUCUAAAGCCUGUAAGUGACCUGGUGCUGCGUGAGACACCAGGGGAGUCCAGUUGGCAUGAACAGCUCAUGGCAGAAAUAAAACAACCACAAAAACUUUGGUCAUCAGCAGGAAGAGAAUAUGGGAGCAGGCCCAGUGAAACACUUGUGAUGCCAAAUACUGCCUCAACAUCUCCAAGCAAUAGUUUAACUCUCCAAGAUGCCAACACUGUGUCUAAAACUGUUGAUGCUACGACACUGCAGCUGGGACCAGGUGUUCAGGAAACUGCUCCCAAACUGCAUUCCAGCACCUGGCUUGCCUCAGAUGGGUCAUCAGUAGUAUCCUGCAAAUGCACCAGGGAGUGUACUUCUAGCUGCACAUCUGAACCAGGCCUUGCUGCAAAUUGCACAUCUCCUCCCAUUAAACCUAACGCUGGGCAACAGCAGCUGCCUCCUCACAGAGGAAGGUCCAAAUCUUUAGAGAGAGAACUUCAAAGCAAGGAACUUGACUGUCCCUUCCCUACCAAGUGGCCAUCUCCAACCAUUGCUGAGCUGAUUGGAACCAGAUAUGCAAUGAUAGUGCUGGAAGGGCAAGGCUUUCCCCAAGGAGGUAGUGAUGGUGUCUUUCCAAGAGCAAAGAUCUGUUUCAGCUGCCAUAAGCAGAUGUUUCUUAAGUGGCCUUACAGCUGUUACCUCUGCAGCAGUGUUGUCUGCUGUGAUUGCUGCAUAAAGAUGUCCAUGCCCUUCAGAAUGUGUGUACAUCUCCCACUUCACUUUCUAAAACUUCUGAGACUCUCCAAAGAGGAGGAUGCAGCUAUUCAAGAGCAGAAGAGCUCAGAGCUGCUACACAAAAUAGAGCAUUGGGAGUGCUUAGGUGUACCAGUCAUUUUGGAACCCUGUUGCCUAGCACAGCCUCUGUGCUUUUACACAAGGACCAUGGCAGACUGGCCGACCGUGGACAUCUGUACACAGUGUGAGCAGUAUCUGCUGAACACAACUUCCAGUCAACAGCAGAGCAUUCCUCUCAGGAGAAUUUCCUGGCCUUGAACCAAACUGCAAUGCCUGCCAUAUGUUUCUCACGUC